CAAGAUGUGUAGACGUCACCGAAACAUACGCACAAAUGUCAGUGACGUCAUGCUCACAUUCACUUCACCACUCCACCACCUUGUUGAUUAUUACAACAGUUUAAUGUCAAUACCGGGGUAGUGGCGGACGGAGGAGCAUUUUUUUCAAGCUAAGGAGCGGUGCGGGGACCGAAACCAGUCAUCAUGGUGAUCAAAGUUUACAUUUCGAAUAUUACAUGCAAUAACAAGCAAAGGAAAUGUCAGCAACUCAUUUUGAACAAGUUAACUGCUGAGAAAAUUGACUUUGUUCAAAUUGAUAUAACAGACCCCAGAUAUGCAAGUGAACGAACUCUGAUGCGGGAGAAUAGCAAAGCAAAGACAGAAGGGGCUGUCCCAGUACCUCCUCAAGUUUUUAAUGAAUCAGAAUAUUGUGGGGACUAUGAUGCUUUUGCUGAUGCUCUAGAGACUCAAAAUUUAUGGCACUUUUUGAAGUUGGAUUAUGUAUUGUACAGAGAGCAGGUUUUAAACAAUUUUGAAAGUAUUCCUGAGUACAUCGAUCCUGAUGAAGACCCUGAGGAGAAGGAAUUCCAAGAUCAAAUGAAACAAAAAAUUGUUGAUGAUGACUUGCUCACUGGCUUUACAAAAGAUGGUGAGUCUGAGAAACAGGAUGAAGGACAAGAAAAAGACAACAAAGAGGAUGGCUCUGUAGCAGAAGCUAAGGAAUCUGAGGGAGAAAAAGAGGAGGCAGAAAAGACUGAAGCAAGUGAUGAGGCUGCUGAAGAGAAAAAAGAUGCUACUGAGGAAAAAUCUGAUGAUAAAGAAACAGAGGAGAUAAAGGCUGAAGAAGAACAAAUAAUUGUCGAACAAUCUGAAGCCACCGAGACGGUUAGAAAACUGGAUGUUAAUUUAGACGACAAUAAUGAUGGGAAGGAAGUAGACGUCAACUUAGCUGAUACUGAAACCAUCAUGAGUAAUGAUGAAGAUAGCAAAGAAACAGCUGAAGAUGGCAGUAAGCCUGGGGAUUUUGAAGAGGAUGCAGAAAAAAGUUUUCCAGUGGGAGAAAACGAGGCAAUUUUGAAGUCAGAAGUAUGUGAGACAGUAAACAGAAGCCUGACUGAAAACAAACAUUUCGAUGAUAGAUCUGAUAGAAGUGAAGAUGAUUGUGUAGAAGAAGGAUCUGAUAGAGCCUUACAUGAUAGAACUGUAGUAGGAUCUGAUAGAGCCGAAGAUGAUAGUGUAGUAGAGGUGUCUGAUAGGUCUAUAGAUGAUAGUAUAGGGGAGAGGUCUGGUAAUGUUUCAAAUGACGAAAUAGUAGAGGAGAUUGAUAGAACUGGAAACGAGAAUACAGUGGAGGGAUACAAUAAUUCUAUAGAAGAGUGUUUAGUCAAUAAAUCUGAUAGUGAUGCAGAUAACUGCAAAAUGGAAGUGUCUGGUGAGAAUUUUAAUGAUAGAACUGUAGAGGGGUCUUUUAGUGAUGUCAAUGACACUACAGGAGAGGUAGACCUUAGAGAAGAGAGAUUUGACAGAGCUUCGGUAGACAGUGAAGAAGAAGCACCAGAUAGAGUACUGGGUGAGAAUACGAUAGAGGAAGAGACUGGCAGAACUUCAGAUUAUGAAAAAGCCAAAGAGUCUAGUGAUUCCGAGAAGGAAACACCGGACAAAGUAGGGUCUUCAGAAAAUGAAGAGGAAGUAGCAGCAAAGUUUGAGGGAAAGGAAACUGGGGAUACUGACGUGGAUCUGUCUGAUGGGGAAGAUUCUAGAGAACAGGGUCAGAUUAAUAAUGAAGAAUGUGUAGACGGGGUAAAGUUUGUGACUCUCGAAGAUGAUCAGGCAGAAAACAAUACCACUGCUGCUUCUGAAGAUGGGGACACGUCUACAAAAACAGGAGACACCAUACUUUUUGAAGAAGAAUCUGUCAAAGCAAAUGAAAGUAUUAUCACCAAGGAAGAAUUCUGUGACGGAGACUCUGAAGCGGAGGAGAAAGCGGUGAAAGAGGAGGAGAAAGAGAUGGUAAAAGAUGAGGAAAACGAAGAGAAAAAAGAUGAGGAAAGUGAGAAAAAAGAUGUGGAAAGUGAGGAAAAAAAAGAUGAAGAAAGUAAGGAAAAAAUAGAUGAAGAAAGUGAAGAAAAGAAAGAUGAAGAAAGUAAGGAAAAAAUAGAUGAAGAAAGCGAAGAAAAAAAAGAUGAGGAAAAAGCUGAAGUAAAAGAGGAGGAAGAGGAGAAAAAAGAUGAUGAAACUGAAAAAGAGACCGAGAAGGAAAAAGAAGAGGAAACGAAUAAAGAAGCUGAAGAGGAAAAAUCAGAAGAAACGGAAGAACAGGAAUAAAGGUUUCAUAGAACAAUACUACAACAGUACUUGUCGGUUUUGACGUCACUGACUUCUGACUUCAUCUUUAUCUGUCUACAGUUGGAUGAGUCCAUUAUACUUCUGACUUCAUCUUCAUCUGUCUACAGUUGGAUGAGUCCAUUAUCACACUGUCAACACCAGGUUUCUUUACCAGUGAUGUCUUUCAUGGCUACCUUUUGAUUUAGUCACCUUCAUCACAUCUUAACUUGUAUCAACAUCGAAAAAUGUUCUUACAGUUUGUUGGUAUCUUCCCCUGUCUUUAAUUCUGUGGAAGCUAACCCAGUUUAAACCUUUAAAUGUUUUUGUUAAAACCCUUUACCAAAUCUGUCAAAUACACCCCCUUCUCCCAUCCCACCCCCACCUCACUAUAUGUUUCUGUUCUGUUAAUUUGUUAUGACAUUUAGAGCCAGAACAAAUAAUGAAUAUUUUUUAUGUUUAGAAAUUUUACUUCACUUAUAAUUGCAUGCAAGUUUGGUCUACUGUUACGUUUAUUAGAAUUAUUAUUAUGAGUUACAUUUUGUCAGUAUUAGGAGCUGAGUGUUAAAAAUUGGGUUGUUGAGUUUCUUUCUCUGAAAAUUAUUACUUGAUGUAAAUAUUUACCAAGUCCUGAAUAAAUUAAAAUCCUAAAUUUGAACAAAGACCUUUUUAGAAUUUAAUUUAGAUUACAAAUUAAUUUAGGUCUCAUCCCAAUCAAAAGAUGUAAUCUUUUGAAUUUUAAUAUUCUCAUUAAUAAUGUAAUUAAUUGCAUUAUACCAGUUACUUUAAAAUCUUUUCAAAUCUGACUGCUGUUUGAUAUAGAAAGCUUUAUAAAACAUAUCCAAACAGUAUGAAGCUAAAGAUAAUAUUACAAAUAUAUAAACUUAUAUUUUUUAGCAAAAUGUUUAUAUGCAGCUCUUCGUAACCAAAAUUCUAGUUUUGAAAUAACUAGAAAACAUAAGGAAUGUUUGUCUAUUUUAAAGUCUCUAAUUCAAGCAGACUGUUCUUUGUUCAGGAAGCUUUAAUUACACACAAUAAUGUCCAUCCAUAAAUCUUCUGCUGAUAUUCUUAGAUCCUCUCUCUCUCUCUACUUGAAUUGUGAUUAUAAUUACUCCUGCUCAAAGCUUGGUUGCUUUAAAACACCCAAGAUUUUCUAAUAAAAUAUUUUCUAAA